UCGAUCACGGCGCAGUAGCUCUCUCAAGUCUCCCCGCAAUCGAGCAGCGCAUCUUUGCAAUUGUCCCUGGAGAGUAUUCUUCACACCGACGGCUACCUUUCCACUCUCCUCGUGAGAAUUUCCCCUCUACACCGCCUACCGCAGCCCCUCGGGGCGUCCGUCCAGGCUGCUGCUGCCGCAAUCGCGAAUCCACCAGCAGCAGCAACAAUCAAAGACCACUUCUGCAAUGGCUCCUCCUCGACGGAACCUUCUCCCAAAAGACCGCUUUGCGCUCGCAUUUGGGGGCCUGAAAACGCAAAACUACCAUGAUCCUGCUUCUCGCGGACCAGGUUCUCACACAAUCCGCACAAUAGCAUGGAAUCCUACGGGCCAGCUUGUCGCCACUGGCUCUGCAGACCGCACCCUCCGAAUCUGGAACCCCGAGCGCUCGCAGGUGAAAUACUCAACCGAACUGCGCGGCCAUACCGCGGGAAUUGAGAAAGUCGUGUUCAACCCCGUACGAGACUCGGAAUUGGCUAGUUGCUCAACGGAUGGAACCGUUCGCCUUUGGGAUGUCCGGUCAAAGACCUGUGUGAGCCGUCUUGACGUUGGAGGCGAGGCGUUUACCUUGUCCUGGUCGGCUGAUGGCAGCGUCAUGGUUGUCGGCAGGAAGGACGACACCCUCAUCCCUAUCUCCAUCGAAUCCCCAUCCACCCCAACCGUUCUCGCCGACGGAACAACAUCCACUGCCCCCGGACCGCAACAAAAGCCCAACCUUACCCCGUCAACCUACAAAGCCCUAGAACCACACCCCCAACCCGUCCAAACCAACGCAACAACCUUCUCCCACCACAUCUCCACCCCCACCUCCCCCGACCUCCACCUCUUCGCCACAACCGGCGAAGGCACCGUCAAAAUCCUCUCCUACCCCUCCUUCGACGUCCUCCACACCCUUCACGCCCACACCUCCGCCUGCCUAUCAAUCUCCCUCGCCCCUACAGGCCGCUACCUCGCCGUAGGCGGCAGCGACGCCCUCAUCUCCCUCUGGGACACAACGGACUGGAUCUGCAAACGCACCGUAUCGAGCCCGAACGGCGGAGCCGUCCGCGGCGUGAGCUGGAGUUUCGACGGCCGAUUCAUCUGCGGUGCCUGCGAUGAACCCGGCUGCGGUGGCAACGGGCUGGAGAUUUUCCACGCUGAAACGGGUGAAAGUGUCUAUACUGUGCCUACGGGGGGGAAUGCUAAUUCGGGCAUUCCGGCUGUUGCGUGGCAUCCGUCGCGGUAUUGGUUGGCGUAUUCGACGUCGGCGGAUGGGUCGGGGCCUGGGGGGUUGAAGAUUGUGGGGGCUGCGGGGGGGUGGGAGUCUGUAGAUAGAGGUUGA